UCUUGAGCGUUGUUUUUGAAAAAAACGAGUAGAAUUUGCACUUGUAAAUAGGUAAUUAUUUUAUCCUAAUUGGCGGUAUAUGAAAAACAUUAGUAUGAUUUACCUGAGACCGUUUUUAGGAUAAGUGGAAAUGUACGUUUCAUAGGAAAAAUACUUUUUAUGGAGUAAAUAACCUGAAAGUUAAAGUAAACAAACACGAAGUGUAUAAAGCAAAAUGCACAUAUUGUGUACAAUUUGUAGUGAUUUAGUUAACCAGGCUGAGAAUAUCUACGUAACUAAAUGUGGACAUAUCUUUCAUAAUAACUGUUUAUCGCAAUGGAUAGCCAGAUCCAAAUCAUGUCCACAGUGUCGUAAUAAGGUGACAGACAAAUGUAUGUUUAGAAUAUAUCCAACAGUAUCUAAUGAAAAUUCAAUUGAGGACACAGCAACGCUACAGUCUAGACUUGAUGAUGCUCAACUACAACUUAGGCAACAGAGGACUACAUGUAAUGAGAGAGAAGAGAAAAUAAAAAGUAUCACUGCUGAGCUGAAGAAGAAUGAAGAGCUCUUAAAGGAUUAUGAAAAGAAAUUAGUCACUAAGGAAUCUGCCGUAGCAGCACUGAAGGAACAACUAAAAUAUGUACAAAUACAAAAUAAAGAAACCAAAAGACUGAAAGAAGAGAAUGAGGUGUUGAAUAAAAAUCUGCAGACUUUAAAUGGAUUACAAAAAGUACUCAAUGCAACAAGUGAAGAAGUAGAACAAAUGCUACAGGGAUAUGCAGAUAUCAGGACUGUAGCCACAUUUGCUACUGCAUUGAAACGAGCACUUUGCGAUUCGGAAAGGAAAAAGAACGAAUCACGUGACCGCAUUCAAACGCUGAAACAACAAUUAACUGCAGAAAAGAGGGCAGUUGUUGAACUCCAAUCCAAGUUAUUACAAGCAGAAGAAAAUAUGGUUAAUAUGAAAAGGAAAUAUAAAAAAGAGCUCAAACAGAGAAGGAAUCCCAGUACUGAAGAACAAAACCUAAACGCAAAUGUGGUGCAAACGAAACCUGAUCAGAUAGAAAUGAAAAUUGAAUUAAAAUACACCGACAAGCCAAUAGUUCUGAACAAUGCUGACACAAGUUUUAGAACGCUAGUGAAUAAGAUUGAAAACGCAGAUUCGCCAUAUUUAAAUUUGAAACAAAGCAAUCUCGUGUUGACUGCAUUACAGCGACAUCCGAAUCAUCCACUACCCGAAAAUAAUCUGAAGCCCUCAGAGUUUGCAAUAUUAAACACCGGCAAAAAUGCAGUAACUGGAACGACUGAAACAUUCAAAAACAGCAUAUUCCACAAAAAGGAGUCAACAAAAAUAGAUUUCCAAGCGAACAAUGUGAAUUUAGCGGAUCUAAACAUUUCAUAUGACGGACUUGGAGGUCAUUCGAAGAUGGACGUGUUCCCCGUGCCUAACACAAGACCGCCGCUAAAGAACUGUAUCCCGAAAUUAUCCGCAAAACAUAAAUUGAAAAGACCAAAUCCUUCCAGCCCUGAUUUAGAAAAAUUCUUCAAGAGGAAAAAACAAUAGUAGCCUUAAGGAAACAUAAUAUAUUUAAAAAAAGGAACAAAUAUUUCCCGCCUAAAAUCAAAUAGUAAAUAUUUUCAGAUAUCAUCACACUUUAUAAACAAAAACCUAAAGUAUUAAUUUGUAAUAAAAUUCCGGGAUACUUUUUUUCUUUUUUUGAUUAACAAAUAAAAAAAAAUUGCAUGUAACUUUGGGUCGCGGGUUCGAUUGUGAAUGUUAUUCGAAUACAAAAUAUCACAAGUAAGAGUGUAGUGAGUGUUUUUUAAUUAA